AUGAACGCGGGAGCUCAAAAGGAGGCGGACGGACACAUCGUUGAAGAGACCUCCGAGAUCAGCGGCACAGCAACUCCUGCAUCUACGAAGUUCCUCACACGAAAGAGGAAGAUCAUACUGUUCAUCAUGGUCGGCGUCACGUCUCUCGCACUCGGUCUAGGCCUCGGCAUCGGUCUUACACGGGGCUGUCCGACCGGCGAAAACGCCGCCGCUUCUGCUUCCGCCUCCCCGUCGGCAACUACCACUGCCGCCGCCGACGUGAUCCAGCCCUCCGUGGGCACGACCUGGGACUAUCCCCUCGGCUUCUCGCUCACGCCCUCCAACGCGAACAAGAGCACCAUUUUUUACCCCGUCGAUCUAGAGAACACCUCAUCGGACACGAUCGCGGCGCUCAAGCGCGCAGGACACACGAUCGUGUGCUACUUCAGCGCGGGAAGCGUGGAAUCCUACCGUGACGACGCGGAUGAAUUCCCGGCCUCGGCAAUAGGGAAUACGCUCGACGGCUGGCCGGACGAGAAAUGGGUCGACCAUCGCAACGCCAAGGUGCGCUCCAUAAUGGCGGCACGGAUCGCGAGCGCGGCGGACAAGGGGUGCAGUGGUGUUGAUCCCGAUAACAUCGACGGCUACGCGAACGAUUCCGGCUUCGACUACACCGAGGCGGAUACCGUUGACUACGUCCGGUUUCUCGCGGACGCGGCGCACGAUGCGGGUCUCGCGUACGGACUGAAGAAUGCGGGGGCCAUAGUCGAGCAGGUCGUUGACGUCGCCGAGUGGGCGAUCAAUGAGGAAUGCGCCGAGUACGAGGAGUGCGCGGACUGGGCCCCGUUUAUUGAUGCCGGAAAGCCCGUGUUCCAUGUUGAGUAUGUCGAGGACGACGAUGCGACGAGCGUUAGUGCUGCGAAGAAGAAGAAGGCGUGCGCGGCGGAUGGACAGAAGGGCUUUUCGAGUAUUAUUAAGCAUUAUACCCUUGAUAAUUGGAUUGUUUACUGCUAG